AUGUCUAUCACUAAUUCGACAUGGGAGGUGAGCGGUCUUGGUUUUAGCGGACAGGGCCUCUUGAGACCACUGGAGCCGCCCUCGACAUCUUGGUUCAUGAAUGAGCACGCCAAAGACCUAGAAGUCGAAGAGGGCUCGCCACAGCGCUACCGAGAGCUGUCGCUCGACACGGCGCCCGCGGGGAAUGAUACAGAGAUUCUUGCACUG